AUGGAAAUCGAAGUUCGUUCGAAUGACAGUCUUGAUACACAAGUCAAUGCGUACAUUAGCGAAGGCAGAUUUCAUAUUGCUAUACUGUCGUUGUUCCUCCUGGAUGCAUGGGUCAUUUACGUGCUUUUCUACAAUGCUCGUGUCCUUGGGUUCAUUACUUCUUUAAUUCUUCGGAAGUUCGUUAAAAAUGGAUACAUAAGGAUUGAUGAGGCUACGAAAAGGCGGCUCCACAUAUUUCUCUAUGGAUUUGAUAUGCAUGUGUUUAACCGGAACUCGCUUUACGGUGAAUUUAUGUUGAAAGAAAAGAAUCAAGCUAAUGACAGCCAUCAGUCGCAAUCUCAAUACAGUGUGCAGCAGGAAGAUGCACUGGGGUGGAUUUGGACAAAAUUUGAAAGCCUCUUUCCAGUUGUUAGGUUCCAUUUAGAAAUGUCAAAGUUUUGCUUUGGUAAUCACCUAAUUCCCCGUGCACUCGUUCUGACGUGCCAAAAGGCACAUGGGACGUAUAUGCAAAAGCAUGCUACUUGGCAGUUCGACAAGUAUCAGCACUGGGUCUCUUUCGAUUUUUACGAUUUUGUGGGAUCCUUGGUACCUGUCUCCAAGUACUCCGGGCAUUACGCCGUAGAAGAACCACCACAAAAGGCAGAUACUUUUCGUGUAUUUUCUCUUGGACGAGGCCAGAUUACGUAUAAGCAAGACCAGCCAGGUUUGAUUUCUGUGGAAUCAGAGCAUGCACAACUUGACGAAAAUCAGGAGUCAGUGUUUUAUACGUUUCCAGAGUGGAAAAUGGCGAUAAAUGUCGAGAAAGACUUUCUCUUAGCUUAUGGGCCCUGGGCUGAUCGCCAACGUGAAAUGCUAUGGAAGUUUUUCUUCCCACCAACUUAUCGUCCGGCUGAAGUGACCUCGCCUCCUUGUGUUGGGCAACUCCGUACAACCCAAAAGUUUACUCUAGACAUUUCCAGCUCGACCACUGUACAAAUGGACCUCUGGUUCGUUCAGGACAAAAACAAGUCAAAUAAGUUUGCCCUCCAUGGUGGACCUGAUUCGACCUUCAAGGUGACGAUACCGUGGGUGACGGAAGAGGAUGGUAGCACUGUGGAGAUGGCUUUGAGUUUAGCAAAUGGUAGUUUGGUGACUGACUGCUUGUGGCACGACCUUCUCACGUCUUCCUGGUUUGACCUCCAAUUGAAUGUGCACUAUCCAAGGCACUGGAACUCCCUUCAAACGUGGACUUUCGAUCUGAAUGGCCAAGAUAUAGUCUUUUCCAUCCUCUACUCACAGAAGGAUUACAUCAAAGGCUUUUUCGAAGACUGGUCGAGCGGUUCAAGGCCGGACAUUCUCUACUUUGUCCCGUAUAUCUACAAAUUCAAGAUAUUUGCACAGCCUUUCGAUUUGCGGUUGCUGGUAAACGACUACAACUGGGUCGCUCCCACACCAGAAAAUGCAUUUGCGUCUCUCUGCCUGGAAAAGUUCAACUUUGAUUUCGAUUUGCCAUUUAUUGACUUCCUGCCAGCUACUGUCCCGAUCAAAUUUGACAUUAACGCUUCGUCUGCGUCGCUUCGCCUUUCAGUUCCAGAAACUAGCACUCUCCUCUAUUUGCUUAAAGAGAUGCAUGCGAAUCUCAGACUUGCCAAUAGUAAUUGCAAACUGCAGAAAAACAACCCCUUCAGAAUUAUCGAGGAGACUCUUCCGAAUACCGAUGCUGGCAAAAUUCUGCACAAGCGCUAUUGGAUUGAAUGCUGGCGAGCAAUCGGGGUUCAUGUGAAGAUUGGCUACACCUACUAUCCAAUCGUAUGGGUGCCCGAUUUUUGGCGAUUUCUGCCACAAUGCUGGGGCAAGCAUUCAUCUAAAAGUCUUUCACCUACUGAGAAAACCCAUAUCCUGGCACCACGUGACCCUGAGGAGGCAGCACUCGGUGACCUGCGUCCCGAGGGGUCGAAGGCUCGUGGGCCCACUGAAUCAGAAUUAAUCAGGUCAAAUUUCGAUCCUUCCUAUAUGCUAGCUGACCAGUUGGAUGUCCAUGUGGCCGUUCCCAGCUCCCAGCUCCUCUUCUACGGUGCCCUCAUUCGCUAUAUUAUCCAUUUCAAAGAAAACUACUUUGGUUGUUACCAGACGCCUAUAACAGCGGAAGAUCUGAAGGUGUAUGGCCUGAAUGAAAAGGGUGAUAGAUGUUUGGUGCCUCCUCCACCGAUUCCUGGACCUAACCACCCAGGCAAACCAGAUACCGUGGUGGAUCCUCGUGAAUAUCGACCUUUUGCGGUCCGAGUCACGGUCGCUAUCCACAAUUUGCAGGCUCAUUUGCCCAUGCAUACUAGUUCAGAAAUACCUCUAUGUCCAACAGCUUUUCUCGAUUGCAUUGGAUUCGAAAUGGAUAAGAUUUUCAAUGAAACAAAACUACAACUCCUCUUUUCACCCGUUCUUCUGUGCGUUUUCGAUAAAUGCAAUGCCUAUCGUCCACCCAAUGCGGUGAACCUCAGCACAGGUAGAGCUCAACUGACCGGACUUGAACUCAGAGGACAAGCACUGUUCAGCAACAGGGGUUUACCUCUGAAGGCGGAGACGGUGGAAUAUGCCUGGCUCUUCGAGAUCACGUGCGGCACCCUGACUGGGGAAAUCACCGCGCCUCAACUCUCCUCCAUCGUGCAGAGUGUCUCAAACCUAAUCUUCUCAGCUAUCGAUUCAGAGAACGCUAUUCUUUCUCGUCGAUCGGGCGAGCUGUGCCAACACGCCUUGGUUCCUACCCAGUGUUCGUUCUGGUCGAGCAAGUCACCCGGCGCAAAGUUGUGUCCAACAGAGCUCGAGCUCAAGUAUCGCCUCUUCCGGUUCAACUUGGAUGGUGUAGAACUGGCCAUUGUGGAGGCGGGCACGUGUCUAAUGAUCAUGCUUGAUGCCGUCCGUGUGGCCCGCUGCAACAUGCACGACGUCCACUCUCGCGACGGCAUCUCUGUUUUCCUGCCUCGUGUACAGUUCCUUCAGCUCAUCAAACCCCUCAAAGCCGCAUCACAAACACUGACCAGGGAUGGUACAUUACAUAGCGCUUCUGCCAAGACUCCUUUGCCGUCUCAGCCUUGGUUGGAAGCAGGUUCCCUCGGCUUCGGUCCUGUUCACCUUCAUUCGGGCAUCUCGGGUCUGGACCACGCCUAUCGCGAUGCUCAGCUUAUUUUUAUUCGUCACCAUGACGCUGCCUCCCAUCGUCUCUGGUUCCUUUGGCUUUCGCAUGACUCUGUCUCCUCCUCCGACGCAGCUGUCCGAUGUGGCUGCUAUGGCAACUGCGCCUUUUUUGGCCCAAACGCCUCGGGCAAAGUGCUUCUUGAUGAAGUAUUAACAGGCGUCUUUUCCAGACGUGCCGUCUUCUUCUCCGAUUUAAACUCCAAUGCGUCCGGCGUCGCAAACGACGAUUCACUCAGCCACCCCUUAACUCCUUUCAGUACCGGCGCCUCGGGGCGUAGUCUUGGCGUCAACUUCGGCGAAAGCCUUUUCGAGCCAGAUCAACUGCUCUUCCAGCUGCACAACUCAAACGUCUGUUCGGACACCUCAAAUGGCUUUGCCCUUAUGCGUUUGGAUGCAGUGGUGGCAGAUGAGGCGUCGAAGUUUGAGACAGCAAUUCCCUCCCGAAUGUACUACUGCUCCCCUGAGGAAGAGGAUAAAGACUCUUCAUUUGGCGCACUGCCUUCUUCCAGUGAUGAGGGACCUCAAAACCUUAAAUCGACUGGGGACUUUUGGCGGAAAAUGGGUAGAAAGCGUGGGAUAAGUAGAGAUCGAGGCAAUCACACUUAUUUAUCUACCGCAUCUUUGGAGAAGCCGUUAGUUGCAGGGGAGGUUGAAGAUGGUGCGGUUACUGGUGAUCGCGAUGAUUCUGUGCCUGACAACCUCUCCCUAGCAAGCCUCGAUGGUAUGUCGAUUGGACUUCCGGCAGCGCAGAUUCUACCUCCACCACCUCCCCCCAGACAGUUGGUCUCUGACGCGGCGGUAACGCACGUUUCUACUAGUUCUAUUCCCCUCUUCACUGACACCGCGGACACGCCCUUUACUCAGCGAAGAGGUAGCACAAGCUCUUUGCAUUUCAACCAUGAACCUUCAAAAGCAUCCGAUGAUUCGACUUUAUCUGGUGAAGAUUUCACGGCCAAAUUUGUUGAUCUCCAUGGGCAGUUAAAUCGUCCCAUUACAGAAAGCACUCUAUUGAGAACAGCGUAUGUGAGACAUUUGAAUCGUUACAUAACCAACACCGAGUUGUGUCCCCCAUUACGAUUGAAGCAUCGUUGGCGAGUCUGCCGACGCUUUCGGGAUCGCCAGCAGUGUACAGUGCAAAAUGAAAAUGGUGAGAGACUGGUGGAGGGAAGACCCAAAUGCGGAUGUCGUAUUGGAAUCGCCAAGGCCCCUGAGUUCCUUUGUUCUGCCACCGGUUUCUCCUUCCGCUCCAUGGUGGAUGCCGCAUCGAAGACGACGAUUUCAGAAAUCACACCGACUAGUAGUACUCAUCCUGGAGAUACUAGUUCUGCUCCUUCUUCUUUUCGGAUCUCUGAUCUUCGGCCAUUGCUUUAUCCUCACUGCUGUGAUGCGCAAGUAUGCGAGUCUUCGACUGCGUCGGUUUCUCGCUCCUCCACCACGGUUUCGGUUCUCGGCCCAGUUGAUAUCUUCCUCACCCCUCUCUGCACCGAAUGCAUCGAUAGGUAUAUAACAAUCAUGGCACCAGUUUUGGCUAAUCGCUCUCCGAGCUCCGUUAUCGACGAGCUACAUUUCAAAUGUAUUCUCUCCGCUGGACGUCAAGGCAAGGUGCUCUAUGAGCAGCAGCUGAAGCACCAAGAACCCCAGGGUUGCUCACACGCUAAGUUACCACCGUCGCCGUCAUUACCACAGCCCACGAAACGCUCCAUGUUCUUCGACCAGUUCUCCGAGAAUACUCUAUGGUUCCACAGAAUCGGAGGCGACCAUAGCUCCGCUCCUACCGAAACACAAGUCGGUUCAUUGGGUCACCGUGCCCAACUUGACACUCCUUUCCAUGCACCAAAUCUGAAUAUACCUGACGAGAUAUCGAACAUCUCGGUAUCCGUAAGAUCUCGUAAACAGCAGCUGCCUCUCUCAGAUAGUCGCCACCACCUUGCCGAGGAGAACAACCUUGUGGGCUUUCUUUCUCUUGGUCGUGUGAACAUAGGCUUCAUGCAAAUUUAUGCGGUGGAGGACAUCGUCACAAUUGACAGUCUUUCCUUGGGUUUGCAUGAUCUUACCUGCGUAUCACUGCUCACGCUUGCCGUGGACAUGGUUAAAAUAGAGGUAAAAGCUAACAUUUCUAGUGCAUCGGUUCUUAAUAAUAGGCGAAUCCUGCACUAUAGCGUGGAAUCCCAUGAACUGGAGUCACCAACGCACAGUUUUUCUCCGGACCUGUUUUCGCGCAGUUUGGCGGGCCAGAGGAAGUUGAGUGAGGUUCAGGAAGAGCAUGACGAGGAUACCUCUACUGCUGUUUCUCCACUUCUCUCAUCGCCCCACCGCCUGGAAACAACCACUCCACGUCCCGACAGUCAAACUGCCGCUCCGACCUCUCCUAGCCCGCGAAAACACUACGCUGAAGACGAUGUGGAAGCCGGAUUGCCGCUACCCACACCUGUGAUGCGGUCCUGUCCGUCUAAGGUGGUUAGUGCCACGGAGGUUCGCCACACUGAGCGCCUCGUCUGCAACUUCUCUAUCUCUCGCAUCCACUCGCAGCUGCGUCGGCUCACGCGUGAGUCUUCCUUCACACCCGAAGUUCUCCUUACUGCCAUCCCCUUCUCCGCCUCGCGUGUCUUCUUCGCCUUUGACGCGGACCAGCAGUCGCGAGCAGUCACUUGCAAGUCACCUGUAGCUGGCGGACUCUAUACGGGCGUACACGGACCCGUACCGGCCAACCCUGUUCCCCCUCUUCCUCUCCCUCACAAACCCCCAGUCCCUUCUUCCUCGGAAUCUUUUCUACCUGAACAUUCUGCAGGGUGGAUUAUGUUUGAGUCUGGCAUGGAGGAGCUGACGCUCCUUUUCGUUCAGAGAAAGGGCUAUGGGGACUCUUUGGAAGAGAAGUCUGAACUAAGGACUACUGUUAAAAAGCCUAUGCCCACCACGAGCGUGUAUCAUUCACAGGAUGAGAAUGUGGACACUGAGGAUGAUAGUGCAGACCUUAAUCGGAACAUUGGAUGUAGUUCCACUCUCGUGGGUGAUUUGGAAAACAAGACCCUCAAAGAUGAUACCGAUGAUGAAAAUGAGGGAAUUAAAAAUGCCUUUCUAAUGAACUUGCAUGUCAAAACCGUUUGGCUUAAUUUUCCGGCUCCCAAACACUUGCCGAACAAGCGCCGUGUCGAAAUUAUUCGAUCCGACUGGAACUUCCUAAGUACUGUGACUCCAACAGUAAAUGCAUGGAUCGGACCUUGUAACCGCCUAGCGUCAAAUUUGAAGCAUCUCAUGUCCCUUGCAGAGCGUCGAACCCUCUCGGUUCUUGCCUGUCUCAUGAUGGAAGCAGUGAAAGGCGAUAAGCCCCUACCCGACUUUCGUUUUAGUUCCCUUGAAGAUGAAGUCUUCAAAACUUACUCGACCCUGCGCACACCAGACGCACGUAGGCUUCGCUACGACCCCUCUUGUCAGAUAUUUACUACCCUCCGACGCUAUCUGCAAGCCCUCCGGAAGCAGGAUGGUCAGGCAUCCGUUGAUGCCAGACUGAAUGAGUGGCUGUGUGAGUCUGUUCUCCCAGAGAAGAUGAUGCUCCUUCGUGGUCUCUUUCUCAUUCUCCGUGAGUGGCGGGUUGCUGUCGACGUCAUGGUUCUAACUACUGUUACCCCGGUAAUGACUCGGAAACUCACUGCCCUACUACGUCGAAAGAAAGAGAAUACAGCUGACGGUGGAAAGGCGGUUUUUUCUCAUGACCCUGUGGAACGCCGACCCUCAGGUCUGACGCUGCGCAUGUUUGAGCUGUUAACACAGAAUCCCGGCAGUUCAUCACGCACCCUUAAUCCUGCUGGGGAUCGUCUUCAAAAUCAGGAGGUUUCCGAAACGGUGGAGGAGGUAGAUGAUAUUGAGGAAUCCGAUCUGGAUGAUGAAUCUCUCACUAAUGAUUCGCGAGCACGUUACGAAAACACCAUCCUGUAUCGUUUUCUACAGGACGCCCAACAUGGCAUAAGACAAGUGGACUCUAGUGCCAAUAUUCUAGAUGGUGCUGAUUCCUCACCAAACUACAGAGGCGCUGUGCAGCGGACUCAAGUAAAUGUGGAACCGGAGGUUGUGUUUCGUUCGAAGGCCAAUGAGAGCGGGAGGAAUGGUCUUCAGCAUCGUCGCUCACCCUCCAUUACUUCGGAGAACGUGAACCAGAUCAAUCAUUUAAGGGGCCAAUUCCGAUUUGUCGAUGAUGCACAACGACUCUUCAGACCGCUACUCGAGGCCAUAGGAGUUAACAUUAAGGGUGUCCGUCGUAGUACGCUGAUGAAGAAGUUCGGAGGCCUCUUUGCGGCUGAAGGUAUGCUCGACUGUUUCCAGAUUGAGAUAUGCGACUCUCUGGAGAAUCCACUGCAGAAGCUUAAUCCGUCGUCAUCGAGCUUAACUUUGGUUGCUGCGAGCGCGGGCUCGUAUCACUUGAGAGCAAGCACUCUACCGAAGGUCAAUGUCAGCAGUGUUUCAGCCGCAGCAAGAUCUGCUACGGGUUUUCCUGGUCCCUCCACUCAAAGAGCAUUGAUGUGUCAUCGGUUCUCCACGAAAAUCACUCUUCGCGACGUCGUUGGAUUCAACAAGCAGGAUGGUGCUAAUCCGCGACUGGGCGAUGUAGAACUGCGCUCCACGACAACCAAAAUAAUAGCGGAUCUUCAUGUGGACAGCAUCAGCCAGCACUCAAAUAUGCCCCUUUUCAGGCUCACCCAUCAAUUUGUCACCAUGUUUUAUUGCGCUCGCGAUGCACAGAAUUCGGCAGAGAGGCGAAGAAACCUCAUUGCUUGUAAAUCCGCUUUUGAUACCAAAGGAGCGAUAAAUGUUGUUUAUAACCCACCGAUAAUUGAUCUGUUUGAAUCUGUAGAUUCAGCUACGGAUACGGUUGAAAGUGGAAGCACCCUUAAGUCACGUCCGGAUUAUGUUCGACUCAGUGGUCACUCUCAAGAUAGCACAAUCGAUAGUGCUACUCAUCAACCCCUCGCCAAUGCCGGUGAAGGUGGUUUUGUAGAUGCGAGUGAACCAUAUUUUGGAAGCGCGCCUAUCCCGAUUCCUGGUCGAGGCUCCCAGCAUCUGCCAUCUUUCGAGUCUUCCCAAGACCCUUCACUCGGCAGGAAUGUUGAAUCGUCCACGAAUCCCCCUUUAGAGGGUACACGAACCCAAGACAAACCUUUCGGCCUGCCUUUUCACUUAACCGCCACUGACCAGUUUCCAAUGCCACCGGUUAGUGCCGGUGGGGCAAUUCAAUCCUCUUCAAUCCCUGAAUGUUGGAGAAGAAUGCUGCGGUAUAUCGAUCUUUACUCGACGGUUCCUGAGACGAAAAAUGUCACCAAAAGGGAGGUGGGGCAUAAGGAAGAGGCUGCAACUCAUUUGGGCGGUGUCGCAGGUCUGAUGGGAGGGUCAGCCUCGCGCUUCUCCUUUAUGGGCGGCCGUCACGACACCACAGUGGACCUGGAGGCGGGUCUGGGACGACACCACUCCGCCACAUCUGUGUCGGCAUCGUAUAACUCGACAGCAGCGGGGACCAAACGGGGUGAGCGGAGCGCGGUCCCCUCGGCCUGGUUUAAGACCUCUGAGCGCAUCCCUACCGUGGUGCUCGUCACCAUGCGUGUGCGCCAAAUGACCGUUUCUGCCGUCCUCUCUGAGGUCAACCUCACUGCCGUGGUGCGCAAAAUCCAUGGUUCCUUCACCAAAACCAGCCGAGUCCGAGGGCAUAGUAAGUGCACUUGCUCUCUCUCAUCUCCCAAUUUUCGCGCACUUUGUGAUCCUUCUAAUAUCGCCCUCUGUAUAUGUAUAAUCAAAUGCUUUAUCGCGUUGAACCACAAAUCUCUAUCACUUUGUCGAACUCAAUCACGUAGUCCCCACUUCUGUUUCAGGGAAGCUGCGUACAUGAAGGUUGAUCAUUCGCACGUCCUGCUCUCCUGUGUACGAUCGUCGCGCUACGGCGAGAGAAACGCCUGUACCAUCGGGUUGGGACAUGUUGAAAUCACUGUGCCUCAUCACCCAGUGAGCCUUCAUGGAAUGGUCCAGCGGCAGGCAAGACACCUUAGUACCACUGUCUCUGAAUUCUUCCAACUGCCCAAUAAUCCUAUCGCCUCUUCGUCCUCCGGUAGUCGAAAACGAACUUGCACAGAUGGAUGGGUGACAGCGAACCCGAAAGACUUCAGUCGUAGAACAGGAGCUGAAGAACAUCAUCUUCUCGGCAAUGACGGUGCAAGUGGUCCUCUUCUGAUCAUCAAUAUGACAGCCAUUGCAAGAGGCCUCACUGUUAAUGUCUCUCUUCAUCCUUCUCUCAAUGCCAUGUACACCGUGGAUCCUGUUUAUUUCCUGGGUCAGGUUGGACCGAAUGGCUAUCUGGACGUGACUAUUAACAAACAUGCACUCAGUUUCCAGUCUCUGCAACUGCCUAUCAUGUUUCCGCAAUCUGUUAGUUUAAGUUUGCCAAAGGUUUUGGCAUUUCUGGCGCGCCGUCAGUCGCCUGGCGGGCAUUGCAUUCUCGGCCCCAGCGGUGAACGAGUCGUUCCUCACGGACUGGCCUCGCGCAAAGGAUCCUACCUCGACGCACAGGUCUCCGUCGGAUUCUUCGAGCAGCGCUUGCCGUCCGAUAGGCUCAACUACAUAAUGGUCGUCGUCAAACUCCUCAUGAAGGAAAUAAAUGAAGUUAUCCGGAAAAUGGCUGGUGAGCAACAGCCUUGGCAAACGGCUGUAUUAACACCGGGUAGUCAGCUGCGUUCUCGAUCCAUACAACGACAUCACCAACAACAACAGACCCCUCCCUUCCGUCGUUGCUCAGCUUCCAUGGUCCCACCCGAGCCCCUUUUGGAAGUAGCUCCGGCUCUGCCCAAUCGAUUUUCUGUUUCCAAUCGCUUCAGUUUCCGUGUGAAAUUCGGUGGAAUUCUUCUCCUUGCCAAGACCUCUAACGGUGCAGUAAAAUUUGAGACCUCCGAAAUGCAUGUCGAACUCUCGAACAGAAUAGGCAGGACUCAUAGCAGCUGGUACACCGACUCCUCUUCCUCCUUCUCUGCACGACCCCAUCCUGACCUCUCGGGUUCUACACCACCUACCAAGAAGACCGAAAAAACCCAACCCGCUCAGGAUUCCAAUUCUCGACCACAGGCUCCUUCAGAUACACUCUCGUUUACAAGUUCUGAAUCAAUACUCAUCUACGCCAAGAUCGAUCAUCUGAGCAUCGAACUUGGUCAUCUUGAUCAGGACGUCUUUUACGAGGUGUGGGACCAGGAGUUUCGCACCCUGGCCUUCUUCCGCACAGCUAUCGCUCUCCGCUCACUGCUAGCGGAGGAGGCGAGUCUCCCUACCAAUCAGCAAGUGCACCGAAAUCACCCUCUUCGCAGCCCCGAUGAGGGCUUCUCUCGCUCUGGCCACGCCCGCUCUAUGCCUCCGCGCACUGAUGGGGACGUCGUCGAUACCAGUGGCGGCAGUGCCGGUUGCGUUGGUGGCCACUCUGGCACAACUAGCGGUGCUAGUAGUGUCAUCUUCACACCAUUUGACAACGCUGGUAGCUGUGGUAUUGUUUCUGCUGUUGGUCAAGAGGCCUUUUUGGUAUCACUCCACCAUCCGAUCAUUUGGGCGAAACCUUCGGCCUUCGAUAGAGCAAUACUCAUGUGGAUGGUCUAUAACAGUGAAUUCGCUAAAUGGAAUGAACAUAUUCAACAGUUGGAUGCACUGUCUAGCGAAGUAAAUGUCACCUCUCCGAAGGCAGAGAGGAGUCAUAAUGGCGCGGCCUCUGCGGCACCGCUAACACCCGCGUUCUUCUCCGCCUCUGUGCCUUCACGUCCGGUGGCCUCACCUAGCCCCUCGAGCCCUUCGUCAGUGGACAACACGAGCUCUACUGGCAUAGGCAGCCCCCCCAAGCGCAGCCAGUUGCGCGAUUCUACUCCACAGCCAGCUCUCCCUGUGCCUUCCGGCCCCAUCCUCUUCUUCCAACUCAAUGUAGAGGACCUGGGCAUCUGUCUACCCACCAACAUCCUUCAGCUGAGUCCUCAAUCUAUGGAAGUUUAUUCUCGAACCGCGCUUGUACUGACCCUGGAGCAGAGUCGUAUUUCCACUUGCCUGCGCGGCUCUCUGGUUAGUGAGGGUGAAUUUACAGACUUUUGUCUACGAUUUGAUGACGAUUUCAACGUGGGCUCUGAUGACUGGAAGCCGGAUAAGAUUCGCUCAAUAGUGACCGUCAAGCAGGAAGAGCAUUUGGUCAUUAUGAACGCCUGUGUGGUGCCCAGUGGUACAUUCCGAGUCUGCUGGAAGGCCGUCGAAGCCCUGCGUGCAGAAGAGCGUGGUCGAUGGUUAGUGAAGAUUCAGUAUCAGAUGCGAGGUCUCGACCUACACAUGGAUGACAAUAUCGGACGCCGAUUGAAUGCCCUUUUUGACAUUCUUACCAACAUGGAUAAUGUCGAGGGCGAACAGCAGACCUCUGGCUGCACUGGUGGUGGUGGAGUGGAGUCGGGAGCUAAAAAUGGGGCUGUUGAUGAACACUCCUCCUCCUUCCAACCUAACCUCUCCGUUGACGAUGAGGCUGACGUCUUCUGCCCUCCUCAAACCAAGGCUCUUGAUCAUCCGAUUCUCCCCAUUGAUCUACCCAAACAAAUCAGUAGUGCUGUGCCCUCUCCCACUCUGACUGAAGAUGAUGACGAUCUUGUAAGUGUAGGGGGCUCAUUGAACGCCUGUGAUCUGUCAGUCUCGUCACGAACCGAUUCCGUCUACUUUGAUGUUGAGGAUCCUGUCUCAGGCGACCGUCAAUCUGCUAUGGCCGCUCAUCUAACUAAGGCACCGUCAACCCUCCGAGUUGAUAAGCAUUCUGAUCACAGGGCAGAUACCUAUUCUUUGCAAGAUGAAUGCCUUAUCGGUGUUACAAAAGUGGAUGGGGAACGUACCACUUCUGCUCGAGGGAACUUUCGGCAGCCUCCUACUCCACCUCCUCGCAAACAUGCCUCCACAAAGCAGCCAUCCUUCUCCAGUCCUUCUAUGGAGGAGCCCCCGCGAAGUAGCCUACUUCUAGAGCUGGAUAUCAACAUCCACGUGGACUCCGGCAGGUGUGGUCUCCAUCCUCGUCUGUCCAAGCAGGAGGGAGGUGGAAAAUCAAUUUGGCCCACCUCGCCGGCUAUAGGAAGUCCUUCCCUGCAAGACGAUCUUUAUAAGGCCUAUCUGGCCAGAUACAAGAGACAGCUAUCUCAGGAUCCCCUCCUAAAACCAACUGACAUCUCCGUGUUUUAUUUACCCGCACUCGAUGUUGGACUGCACUACAAAUCGCACACGAACUAUGACCUCUGGAAUCAACAAACCUACCGCACAUCUGUGGAGAAGCCUAAGGCAAGGCCGAAACUGGUGGUUGGUGAUGAGGUCACGCCAGGCGAGACGACUCUUGAGACAGUGCACGACACUCAGACAGCUGUUGCUGACGAGCUGGGAAAGGCGGCUGAAGUGGAGGCGAAAGCAACAAAGGAAGCGUCGAACAGUGAUUUUGAGCGUUCACUGGACCCUUCUCAUAGGUUCACCUCGGGCACGAACACCACCACUGGUGUCUAUCCUGAUGUCGGUCGCUCCGCUGACCUUUAUGCCAGUGUUGUGCUUCAGAAGCUGCCACAGUCAUUGAUUGUGCAUCCCGGUUUGCUGGAUUUCUUGGAACAGGCGUUGGAAAAUCUUCCAGCCGCAUUGGAUUUAGAGUCGGAUGAUGGCCAAUCUACGCAACCAAAGUCCUCUGUUCAACUCAACGACGCCCUGAUGACUAGCACGAAGACAUUUUUGGUUGAUGUAGUCGUUCACCUAUGCAUUCAACCAUCUACCAUCCGUUUCCUCUGUCUACCCGCUUCUCAAAUGCAGUGCCUUAUCACUCUCCCGUCAAUGAAUAUGAUAUUCUCCACUGAACGCCUUGCUGAAGAAAUUUUGAAAGAUGCUGGCAUGUUUGGUCUCUCUUACUAUCACAUCGCUUUUCUUUACGUAUUAAUUGCUAAUGCUCUCUUGUCUUGUGUGUUUAUAGAUGGAAAACCUGCUGGUCGUCUCUCAAUUACAGCCAAUUUAGCCGAUAACAUUGUCCUCGGGGACCUUGUGUCUGCCAGUGGUCUAAACGUGACUGCCAUUCUUAACGAAUUCCGUAUGUCUGUAUUCCACCCCUAUGGUGGAGGCAUUGGCGGAGUCUUGCGGACCUCAAAGGGGGCAGAAGGAACAUCACCAGGCGACUCUUUGACGCUGAAGGUGCGCGACAUACGUCUCAACAUCAGCCGUACCGUGCAGACCAACGUCGUGGGUCAACAGCAACAACAGCAAACUCAAGCAAGGCAGUCUGGCGAUCCCGAUGCCCCGUCCGAUGUGCGUGCUGCCACUGCCACCAUGACUAGCUAUGUUACUGCCAACUCCGGUACCGGCAGUAUAUCCCUCCACAACAUUGUUCGGUUCUCUGGUGUUGUUGACAUUGGUGUGGCGGAAUUCAAGUGCGACACUAGAAGGAGCUUAGAGAUUCUACAUAUUCCAAAGGCGUGGUAUAGAAAUAGCCUUGCUAGAGCGCUCUUCAUUGGAAAGGACUCGAAAAUACCUCAGUCAGCGGAGUCAACAGAAGUAUCAGCACCUCCUCAAAUUGAUGAUGAGAAUGCAGAAGGUGAUAGCGACGUGGUUAGUGAGGAUGAGGUAGCUGAGAAAAUACCAAGAAACUACGCCGCUCCACCAGGCGCCGGAGUCGAUGAUUCUCUCGCCAAGUGGUUGCAAAAGGGACCUCGGCUAAGAGGCACGUCCCAUUCAUGCAAGGCACGAAUCGGCGCGGGCACGGCCGCGGCUCCGAUUAAGCUGACCGCCGCCGCCGCCGAAAGCGCAUCGAAACGUCGCAGCGCUACAGCGCCUCGUGAGGGGCUGACGGAAUCUCCUACACCCCAGACAGUUUCCAACACAACUACUCUACCUCCACUCGUCCCACCCAAUUACCACGCUCCCGAAGGUGGCCUCUCCUCCACUAGCCGUGGUGGUGGCGCCAAGGUGGUCUCCUGGCAGGCUCUUCCCAUAUUCUAUGUCAAAAUUGGUAAUUUGGACAUUCAAACCUACAUGGGAAGCGCUAUGGGUAGGACAAAACUGGAUGUACGCAAUGUAUUUUGUGACGGUCGACUGUAUCAAGACUCUUCCAAACGGCGGCGUGGUUCCCUGGGUGCGGGUGUGCAUCUCUGCCAAUUCACCAGUGAACAGGGUGUUGUGGGUGGCGAGUUCACCUUGUUAGACUUGGAAUCGCGCGCUCACUUUAAGGAGGAUCCCCGCUGUGAUCCCCAGCACAGUGGCGAGUUGCUCAUCGGCGGCUUUCAGCUGCGUAUUGAGUAUAUGAAUACAAACAUAGUCUUUCUUCGAAUUAACCAAGCUGAAAUGUACCUCAGCGACGAAUGGCGCCUACGGGAGGCGGACCAUCUCUGUGUGAGCGGAAUGGGCGAUGAAAAGGAAAGUAGUGUUACGGUUCCUGCCUCGCGUAAAUUCUCCUCUCCACCAGGUGAUAGGAAUACUGAGACAUUUGUCACUUCCAACAUCGGUGCUCCGCCGGUCUACGUUAUGAUUGCUGGUGAAGUAAAUUGGGAUCAACUUCAGGUGGCGAUAGCGCGGACAACCACGGUUGAUUUAAUGCGCUCGGCACGCAAAGUGCGGGAGUACUUUGAGGAACAAUUGCGCGAAGGUCGUAACAGUUGGGUAGGCCAGGGCGACUACCUCCUGCGGCCGGAGAACUCCAGCGUAGGCGUGAUGGUGGACACUCGGAGUACCCCCAUGGACAGCCUUUCACUCCCUACAGGGAGCGGGGAGACGUUUGAGGUCGUCGAGCCAAUGGUUGUAAGCGCCGCGUUGGGCUUCUCCUGCACCGAGGCCAACGUGGACAAACUUCUGCAGCGCCACUGGCAGUACCCGAUGCUGGAAGCCAUCAGGGCCUGUCUGGCGCACAUUGGCACGCAGGCACCCCUCGUCCGACGUAGCCUCCUAGAGUCUACUGCACCUCCCAACGAGAACUCCGUACCCCCCGUACUGGGAGGCUCACUUCAGCUAGCUGGCAACUCUCUUGCCCUUGCCUGCUUUGCUGGAACCUUUAGAUCUGCUCCUGACUGGGCUGUCUUCAAUAUGCAACAUCCCACCAUCUGCUUUGAGACGGAGGCGCAGAGGGAACCGCGCCACCGUCCCAUGAAGAUGGGGAAAAGUUCAACACUGAACAAGAAGUCAGUGGCCUUCGCGUGUGAGGGACCCGAGAGACUCCCGGAGAGUAUCGACGAGGUGGGCGGGUGGUUAAACGUACGACAGGUGCUGAGCUUCGAUCUAGGUCACCAGUUGCAGUACCCACCCCAGACCGCCUAUGUGCUGCGUGUGAGACGCGGUCGCGAACAGAACCCCGUCAAACUGCCUGUCACACUCACUAUCGCUGAAUGGCUGGAAUUUAUGUUCACAGGUGUUGACAUCACUGUCCUCAGUUAUGUCCGCGGAGCUAAUCCCCACCGCGCCUCGGAUGUUGUGAAGCUUACCGAGUUCUCCGUCGAUUUUUCUGCCCACGUAUCGUCAACAAGCGACUCGCUUCGUCGUCGUGUUGACGCAGUGAAGACAAGUGUUGCCACCAUUACCGCCUCACCUGCUGCUGGUGCUGUGGUGACGCCUAGGCGCCCCAACCCCCUGAAGCCGCCAACAGAGGCGGAGAUUCUCUUCGUCCUACCUUCCGUUUCAAUGCGUCUGACCAGCGACCAACGUCAGAGCAUGGCUCAUCCCAAAGUCUCUGAGCUUCUUCUCUUCUCUCUCGACCUGCAGCACGAGAAAGCGACUGCAGCUGCGGAGGCGGCCAAGAAGUCUAGGGUCACGACAGCAUCCGGGCCUACACCCUCCGACGAGGAAGGGGAGGAGGUGCGUGAGGGUCAGGAAAGCAGUGGUGGCGAUGGUGAGGACGAAGAAAGUGAGCGGGAAAUCGAGGGUCUCUCUGCCAAGGUGCACCUCAGUUUUCAGACAGAUCUUCAUGGGGUCAUUCAACUUGGCCUUCUCGAUGUCCCUUGGCUUCCCCUCCUUAUAAAGUCCUAUAUCGAUGAGCAAAUGCAUGACACAGAAAGCUUAGCUACUCCUGACCCCACCUACGCGGUGACACCCCGUACCCUUGAAUUGGCCAAAGAGGGUUUCCUGCCAGGCAGUCAUGGUGCUACCGUGGCUGCAAAUGCAGUGAGUACGGCUUCACCGAUUGUCAAGGACCUACGUGGAUAUGAUGUUAUCCACUGGAAUCUCUCGCCUGAAUGUCGUCUACUCCUAGCCUCCAAUAUUGACGUACCAGCAUUCGACAAAUUUCUGGAGAAUAUCGGUUUCCACAGGGCUCGGACCACUAUCCCCAAGUGGUUGCAGCGCGGCGUGCUCGAUCAUUUGGAUUCUGCAGUAGCUGGUCUGGUGCACACAUCUCUGCGGUUGGCUGAUGAACAACGCAAAAAUCAGAAGAGGGGGGGAAAGUCUGAACAAAAACCACAAGAACGUCGCCUUCUGGAGGACGAGUAUUGA